CGAAUUUAUAUCGACAGUGGCGGAAGACGGCGGAAGAUCAGCUAACUAGGUCCAACCAUCGCUAACUAUAUUAUUCGCUCUUUAAUUCCGAACAUGGCCCAGAGGGCUGGCCGGAGCCAACUUUCCAAGAGCCAACGUUGGAGCACCCAACCACCGUGCCGAGCCGAGUGUAUGCCACCUUCCACGAGGCGGAGAGAAAAUUUCAAGACAGAUAUCUAUCUCAGAGAUGAUGGAGUGCCCAUAAAAAGGAUGCGAAGGACUCGCAACCAAUCUUUCACUACCUUAACUAUGUCUCUAGCAGAACCGAGCCCCAAGGUGUCCAGUGGGGCGAAUGUUCCAGCUUUUUAUAGGCACUUUCUCUGGCUCAGUGCUCCCAGUUAUCGAUAUAUUUCUGGAAUCCCACUUAGGAACCCUGGCGUGUGCCUCGGGCAGCUGGAUGGACAGUGCUGGAGCCGCCCGCCCGUCUGACAAAAGGCGAAGUUGUUUCAAUUUUUUUUCCUGGUGUGUGGGAGACAGAGCAGGUUUUGCGCCCUGCGCACUUUGUCCUUCAUUUAGUUAAUUAUCGUUGCUCCCAGUUCUCACGCAGAGUGUGCCAUUUGUCAAGAAGCGUAAGCAGGGAGUUUAACGAGCCAUACUCACACACUGCCUCCUAUAAUUCAUAUUUGCCAGCUUCAGUUUGAAUUUCAUAUCGUUUUUCAAACGUACACCCACUAAACGUAGAAAGCCCCUAAUUCUACCAUUCCAACAUCCCACGGACGGUGGCGCCAGGCGAUAACCAUGUCCUCAAUUAGAGACUGCACGCUAGAGACCUGCCCAAUCGAAGCAAGCAUAUUCAAAUACCGUCCCUCCCUACCCGCCAACGCAGCCUUCCUCAGCCUCUUCGGACUAUCCGGCCUAAUUCACCUCCUCCAGCUCCUCGUCUUGCGAAGCAAUUAUGCCUUCUCAAUCCCAAUCUUGCUCGGCUGCAUAGGGGAGAUAAUCGGCUACGUUGGCCGUCUCAUCCUAUACAACAACCCCUUCAGCAUCGACGGGUUCCUGAUCCAAAUAUGCGCGCUGACGAUCUCGCCCGCGUUCUUCACUGCCGCGAUCUAUUUCUGCAUUGCGGAUAUCGUCCGGCUGUUUGGGUGUGAGGGGACGUCGCGGCUGAAACCGAAGCAGUAUGCGUGGAUAUUCAUCCCAUGCGAUAUUAUUAGUCUUGUGUUGCAAGGGUUGGGCGGCGGGGUUGCGAGCGUGGCGACGCGGAGGCACGAGGAUGGGACUACGGGGGUAAAUAUCAUGAUUGCCGGGUUGGCAUUUCAGGUGUUUAGUCUAUUGAUAUUCAUCUUGUUACUAGCAGAGUUCUUUGUUAGGGUUUACCGACGGGGGUAUCUGUGGAGGGAGGUUAAUGGUUAUGAAAUCAAGGCUGGGAGUGGUGCUGAUGGCAUUGGUCGUACGGUUCUUGGGCGGUUAUAUAUAUUUUUCUCCACGUUUUCACUCGCUAUUUUGUGCAUCUUUAUAAGAUGUGCAUACCGGGUGGCGGAGUUGAGUCAUGGGUUUGGUGGGAAGUUAAUCAGGGAGGAGGCUCAGUUUAUUGGGCUUGAAGGAGUGAUGAUCGUAGUGGCUGUAUUCGCUCUCAACCUUGGCCACCCAAGGAUGCUGACUUUAUAAAUAAUACAAUUGUGAAUAUUAUACCACCUACUUUAACUCUACCCAACAAAUCUUUGUCACUGCUUUUGGCUGAAGAAGUCAUGUUAACAAGGUACCUCAAUGGGCCAGAAUAUAACCUUUUGUCACUGCCCGCGAAGAGUAACUGAUAUUGUUCGUGUUGGGAUUGUUGCCAUAAAAUCAUGCCCCUUUUACCAUUGACAAUGGAUUCCCACCACUGUCAACUAGGCAUUGUCGCUUCCGUGCUCCUUUGCCAGUGAGAUACUCCCGAGGUCAGCUCCACAAUCGUCCUCACUGCGGCUUGACUGCGUGAAUUUACGGCCCUGGUCAUUAUCUGCAAUUCUGACCGCACCUCAUAGCUGGCCGUUCAAUUUGCAUGACGGCUCCAGAAGGAGAGCAAGGGAACAAUGAGCCGUCAUAAUGUGUACAGGCGGGUGUACAGUCGGUCGGCGCGGGAAUGGUAAUGAUUAAUUAGAGGAAUUCUAAUUCGCUGGCCAUUUAUAUGAUUAAUUUAGCCGGCGAACAUAGCAUGCUCAUGCCCAGGAAGAAGACAGCUAUCCUCUAGUAAUAUAUGGGUUGCUCUUAUUGACACCCGCUCAACACUUCGCGGCAUCAAGAACCGUUGCGCAUCCCGGUAGUAUGACAGUAAAGCUCGCGAACUGACUUGGCUUCAUGAAAGAUACAGAAUUCGGUAGGGAGAGAAGCGAAGGGAAUGGAUGACCAUAUCAGAGAACUGGAAAAGCGCAAGACGCAUCUGGGCCAUUAUUUCCCCGGCCCUUCUUCAGCAUUCCUCAUCUUUGCUAAGGGCGAACAACACGGAAUAGCGCCUUUCCAGGAGGCCAAUGCAAAAAAUCGAAGAAGAAAAUAAAGAGCGCAAGAGUGGCAGCUCCUGCGCGACAGCGAGGCUAAAGCACGUUUUGGCUGAACAUAACGUGGGAGUUAACUUAACGCACUGGACACGUGGAAACCGACUGCCAGGUUAACAAAUGAUUCCAGGAAUAGCCAUCCUAAGCGGUGUUAUAAUCUAGAUAGUUCAUAUAAAAGGAGGAAAACAAAGGCUUAGCCCAGUCAAUGUACACACACAGGGACAAACGGAAGAGGAAACGCAACAACAUACAGUCCGAUGAUGUUAACUACGCAUUGCGCUAUGAGGGCUAGCCUCCGGGCUUUACUCCGCGUUCGACUCCGCGUUCAGCCUUGAGCCGAUGUGAGUGUAUGCGAACAUUUAGUGCUGACACAAAACUCUGCUGAAAUCUCACCGUGUCUGUCCUGGCCGUAUCAGUGGUUUCCCGUGUGUUCAUAGAUUUGAUUUUCGACCAAACCAUGAAACCAGCCGAACAAAAAUUCCGAGGCGAUAAAGAGCUAAGGGCGAAUGUGGCGUAAAAGUCUAUAUUUCUCGAAGUCCUCCAAGGUUCCUCUGGCACUUUUCGUAUUAUUUGGUGGCUUCUUCCUCCAGUUUCAACAGGCUAGUUAAACACGUUGAAAGUUCCGCCCUUGCCGAACAAACAUUCUCGAACAUCCAGAAGCCACCCACCCGGGAUGACAAAAGAACCCAGUCCUGUGGCACUGAAGGCGCAAAGUCAAUUUUUCACCAAUAUGCGGGGGUGGGGGACAUUUGUGAGAGCAUGAAAAAUGAUGUUGGACGCUAGCUAUUAUUAUUCGAUCAACAGUCAGCUUUCAGAAUUAUUGUUGAUCCUUCAAAGACCUAAUAACAUUCAUCAGAGCUUAGAGCUUACGCUGUAGAGGCAAGAAAAGGGCGAGGUCCCAAGAUCCAUCUAAGUAUUGGUAGAGACGGCCAAUCAAACAUAAUGCUAAAUCGAAAUCUGAGAACAGGAAAACGGAGAGAUAAGAGGCCAAAUGGCGGUGGGGGUUGUAAAGGCCGUUCGUUCGGUCAACUUUCAAGGCUUAUUUUCCCCUUUUUUUGUCCCGCGGCGUCAGGAAUCGCAACUUAAAAGCUCUCGGGCUGAAAUCGUCAAGUAGUUGGGGAAGAAGAGGGGGGGAAGAAGAGUC